UAUGGAGUAUAAACUCAUGUGUCUGUGUUAGAACCCUAGAUUUCAUCAUCAUUUUCUCACAGAUGGAGAAAUUCAGAGCUGUUCCAAAUCAAUCGCGCCAAAACUUCACCGCGAUCAGUUCCUCCUUCCUCAAAGAGGUGUAUUUGUGCGACUGGUGGCUCAUCAAAUUCUCAACGAAUUCCAAAUCCGAGCGAAUAGGAGUAGCGGGCUUCACUUUUAGAGAGAGCCAAGAUGCAAGAAUAUUCCACUCUGCUGCAAUUUCUAAGAGGAUUGAUACAGUUACGGUUGAGGCAGUAGAUGGCAUUGUUAUUGUAGUUAGUGGUUGCAUCAAUAGGUCUCGCACAAUCCAAAAUGGCUUCCCAUUUGAGAUGUGCAACCAUUUUUGUGUUGGAUUUCCAUAUUACUGGGAGGAAAUUGCUGGUCAACCUUGUGAACAGUCAACAAAGAGAUAUGCUUUACCAAGGAUUUCAUUUGAUGAAUUGAAACGGUCAUCAGCUGAAGGAAUAACUAACUCUGAUUUUACUUCAUUUGAUGAUCUGCCAGCAACUUUUCUCCGGGAUUUCUGUGAGCCUGGCCUUUAUGAUUCAGAAAGCUGCAUGACUAGUAAAGAUCUUUCCACCGAGAUACCACCUAAAAACGGCAGUGUUACAUCUAAGAAUAGUGAAAUUUCAGGUCAUAAGAACAAAAGAGCUUCUAGUGAGGUUGCAACCAGCAAUGAAGAUACAAGUCAACAAAGGAAAGAUAAAGUCAAGAAGAUGGCUGAUAGGCAAUCUCCUAAAGUAUUGUCAGAUAAAGUCAAGAAGAAGGCUGAUAGGCAAUCUCCUAAAGUAUUUGAGAGAAGCGAGGGUCGUAUUACUAGGAGUAUGACUAAGGCUAAAAUGUUUCAGGGACGAGUUGGGAGUGAGAACUAGUGCAUUUUCUAAGUUCUGGGAAUUCAUUUAUGAUAUUACAUGGCCUCAACGAAAGUGUGGAGCUAAGAAAUCGGCAAAGGGUCCCAAGAGUCCUGGUUAUGCAGAAUGCAGACACUAGCAAAUGAGAACCAGAUGAAGCAGUUGGAGCACAUUUGCUGAAAAGCAAGCUGGAAAGAAAGUAGUAAGGGCCAACUUUUAGAAGCCUAUUAAACAAGGAAAAUGAAUUGCAAAAAUGGCUAGUUAUGAACUUGUGCACCAUUUGGCUAUGAUAACAUGUUACUUUUUCUUCUUUCCCCAAAAGGUUGAAUCUCCAACCCCAAGGGCUUCUCACACCCCGAUCUAACAGAGUAUUUGGGAGGAUGCAAAUUACCGUAACUUAGUAGCUCAGGAGAUAGAGCCAAAUGCCGGUGCGUUCAAGGAAUUUGCCCACGUUGAGUAUAAUUUUCACACUGUCGCUGCCGAAUUUUGAACAUUGGUUUCUUUCUACAAAUACUGUCUACCGAACCAGCGAGUUAAGUCUAUGCGGGCGACAUGUUACUUUUUCAUUUGUUCAGUGCAUGUCUUUGCAUCCUUUCUGAUCUUUGCCAACUUUAUGGAGCAUACUGGUAUAUGGAAGUCUGCUUGAACUGCGAGGCCAUGCCCAGAAACCUGUGAGAGCUGUUUUUUGUGUUUUUUGUUUUGUUUGUUUUUUUUUUUUUUUUGAAAAGACCUGUGAGAGCGGUUGUGUUCGGAACCAAUUGGCUCACAAUACUAAUUUAAAUUUAUAGCUCAAUUAGAUGACAUGUGAUCUUGUAAUUACUCUUGCUGAUAUCUUUUUAAAGAAUUAAUAUACGAUGGACUAAUUGUGUAUA